GUUAUACCCACAAAGAAUUGUAUAUAUAGGUUGAAAAUGGGUAAAAAAUCAAAGAAGAGUCAAGCCGGAGGGGAUUUCUGGGACGAAGAAGAAAUGGAAACUGCUCCAGCUGAAGAAUUCGGUACUCCAGUCGAAGGAGAAGCAGGAGAAGCAGAAGAAGCCGCAGAAGAAGCCGGUUCAGCAGAAGCUGAAGAGGCAGGUCCAGGAGAUUUCUUAAGUUCUAUUCGUAAAUCGAAGAACAAGAAACAAACCAAGGCUGCAGAAGAAGAAGAAAAGAAGAAUACUAAUGCACCAAAAGUUUUAUCCAAGAAAGAAAAGGAAAAAUUAAAGAAGGAAGCUGAAAAACAAAGAAAGAAGGAAGAAGCUGCUAAGAAGAAAGUUCAACAAGCCGAUAAAAAGGAGCAAAUCAAAGAAGCCAAUAAGAAGAAUGCAGCCGCUGCCGCCGCCGCUUCAUCAAAUGAAGCUACUCCUGAAGCUACUCCCGAACCAGAAGCAAAGAAACCUGCAGCUAAAAAGGGUGGUAAGAAGGCACCAGCUGGUCUUGCAGCCUUAAAACGUCAAUUAGAAUUGAAAAAGAAGGCCGAAGAAGAAGAACGUCUUGCAGAAGAAGAAGAAGAAAAACGUCUUGCAGAAGAAGAAAAAUUAAAAGAAGAAGAAGAAGCUAAGUUAGAAGCUUCAAGAGCGGCUAAAAAGGAAAAGGAAAGAUUAAAGAAAGAAAAAUUAAAGGCUGAAGGUAAAUUAUUAACCAAAAAGCAAAAAGAAGAGAAGAAAUUACAAGAAAAACGUCGUCAACAAUUAUUACAAAGUGGUAAUGUUUCUGUUGCUGGUUUAAAUAAAUCUGAAGAUGAUAAAUCUACCAAACCAAAAAGAAUUAUCUAUGAAAAGAAAAAAUCUACCAAACCAAAAACUUUUAAUCAAAAACCCCAAAAGACCGAAACAAAACCAGUCGAAUCUAAACAAGAUGACGAUGAAGAUGUUGCCGAAGAUUGGGAACAACUCGGUGAUGACGAACCUCUUGCUGACGACUGGGAAAAUGCUUUAGGUGACGAUGAUGAUGAAGCCCCACAAGUUGAGGAAUCAGUUGAAGAACCUAAAGAUGAUUCUGAAGCUGAAGCUGCUGCUAAAAAAGAAGCUGAAGCAAAAGCUGCCGCUGCCGCUGCUGCUGCUAAAAAGGAAGCCGAAGCAAAAGCUGCUGCUGCCGCCAAAGCUAAAGAAGAAGCUGCUAAAAAAGCUGCUCUUACUAAAAAAUCAUCUCCAUCUCCAUCAACCGAUAAAGAUUUACGUUCUCCAAUUUGUUGUAUUUUGGGUCAUGUUGAUACUGGUAAAACUAAAUUAUUAGAUAAAGUUCGUCAAACCAAUGUUCAAGGUGGUGAAGCUGGUGGUAUUACUCAACAAAUUGGUGCCACUUAUUUCCCAGUUGAUGCUAUCAAAACCAAAACUGCUAGUAUGGCUAAAUAUGAAAAACAAACAUUUGAUGUUCCAGGUUUAUUAAUUAUUGAUACUCCAGGUCACGAAUCUUUCACCAAUUUAAGAUCUCGUGGUUCAUCAUUAUGUAACAUUGCUAUUUUAGUUAUUGAUAUUAUGCAUGGUUUAGAACAACAAACUAUGGAAUCGAUUAGAUUAUUGAGAGAUAGAAAAGCACCAUUUGUUGUUGCAUUAAAUAAAAUUGAUAGAUUAUAUGAUUGGAAAGAAAUACCUAACAAUUCUUUCCGUGAUUCAUUUUCCAAACAAUCUAAAGCAGUUCAAUCUGAAUUUCAAACUAGAUAUGAACAAAUCAAACUUGCUUUAGCUGAACAAGGAUUAAAUUCAGAAUUAUACUAUCAAAAUAAAAAUAUGUCAAAAUAUGUGUCAAUUGUUCCAACAUCUGCCGUUACUGGUGAAGGGGUUCCUGAUUUAUUAUGGUUAUUAUUAGAAUUGACUCAAAAGAGAAUGGCUAAACAAUUAAUGUAUUUAACUAAGGUUGAAGCUACUAUUUUAGAAGUGAAAGUAGUAGAAGGUUUUGGUUAUACUAUUGAUGUUGUUUUAUCUAAUGGUAUUUUAAGAGAAGGUGACCGAGUUGUAUUAUGUGGAUUAAAUGGACCAAUUGCAACCAACAUUAGGGCAUUAUUAACUCCACCACCAUCUCGUGAAUUACGUAUUAAAUCUGAAUAUGUCCAUAAUAAAGAAGUUAAAGCUGCAUUAGGGGUUAAAAUUGCUGCUAAUGAUUUAGAAAAAGCGGUUGCUGGUUCAAGAUUAAUUGUUGUUAAUGAAGAUGAUGACGAAGAUGAAAUAAUGGAUGAAGUUAUGGAUGAUUUAACUGGAUUAUUGGAUUCUGUUGACACUUCAGGUAGAGGGGUUACAGUUCAAGCAUCAACCUUAGGUUCAUUAGAAGCCUUAUUGGACUUCUUAAAAGACAUGAAGAUUCCAGUUAUGUCAAUUGGUUUGGGUCCAGUUUUCAAAAGAGACGUUAUGAAGGCAACCACCAUGUUAGAAAAAGCACCAGAAUAUGCGGUUAUGUUAUGUUUCGACGUUAAAAUUGAUAAAGAAGCUGAACAAUACGCAGAAGAACAAAAUGUCAAAUUGUUCAAUGCAGAUAUCAUUUAUCACUUAUUCGACUCCUUUACUGCUUAUCAAAAUAAAUUAUUAGAAAAUCGUCGUAAAGAAUUUAUGGAAUACGCCGUUUUACCAUGUGUCUUAAAUACCAUUCAAAUUAUCAACAAACGUAACCCAAUGAUCAUUGGGGUUGACGUUGUCGAAGGGGCCGUUCGUCUUGGUACCCCAAUUUGUGCCGUUCGUCAAGAUCCAACUACCAAAGAACCAAAUGUCAUGGUUUUAGGUAAAGUUGUUUCCUUAGAAGUUAACCACAAAUCUCACGACGUUGUCAAAAAGGGUCAAACUGCUGCUGGUGUUGCCAUGAGAUUGGAAAACCCUUCAUCUGCCCAACCUGUUUGGGGCCGUCAUGUUGAUGAAAAGGAUAACUUAUAUUCUUUAAUUUCUCGUAGAUCAAUUGAUACUUUGAAAGAUCCUGCUUUCCGUGAUACUGUCAGCAGAGAUGACUGGGUAUUGAUCAAGAAAUUAAAACCAGUAUUUAACAUCAAAUAGAUCUAAUGAUGAACGUACAAUAUACAUAUCUAUCUAAAAGUAAGACCUA